UAGCAACAGCACGGGUGGAACGAACAAGCUAACGAACGAGGUACAUUUGUUCCGUUUCAGAUCUGCAACGUUAAAAAUGGACACGUCAGUAGUUUUGCCUGCCGAGGCAGAAGGGUUUGUUCAGAGUCUGCAAGUUUUUCCCCUCAAAGAAGUAGGUUCGACGAGAUGGUUCACGCAACAUGAAUACAUUGAGAAACUGAACAUGCAGGCCAUCUUGAACGCCUCAGCCAUGCAUGAUGAGUUCAUCAAAGAGCUGCUGGUGUUGCACGGGAAGAUUCCCGUCCUGGUCCACGAGAUGAUCCUCAUUGAAGUGUGGAAGCAGAAGAUUUUCCCCAUUUUGUGUCAGCUGCAAGACUUUCAUCCUAAGAACACUUUCCCUCUCUACAUGGUGAUCCACCAUGAAGCCACCAUCAUCAAUUUACUGGAAACCAUCAUGUUUCAUAAGGACUCGUGUGAAGCAGCUGAUGACUCUGUCCUGGACUUGGUGGAUUACUGCCACCGCAAACUCACACUGCUGGCUGGUAAAACAGGGAAGAAUGGCGCAGUGACUCCUCAGGAAAACCAGUCUGACAAAACCACCCGAUCUCCAAAAGAGGUGAGACAUCAGAGCCAACGUGGCUCUCCUCAGAUGAUAGUUCAAUUGUCUUCUUUUGUGGUCAAGGAGCUGCAAAUGCAGAGUUCCACACUGGAGCUGGAGAUUUCCCUGAAGGCUGUGUCUGUGCUGCGCUACAUCACCGACCACACGCAGAGUGUCAGUGUGAUCACUCGGAUGCUCAGCACGCAUAACUUCCCGUGUUUGCUGGUCCACCUGAUCGACUGCUGCCCGUGGAGUCGCUGCAACAAUGGUGAUGUGGAAAAGUACAUCAAUGGAAAGUGGCAGAAGCUUCCUGCGGAGGAUCAUUUGAAGAUGACCAAACUGGACGGUCAAGUUUGGCUCUCUCUCUACAACCUGCUGCUGAAGGAAGACUGUCAGAGGAAAUACGACUUCAACAGUUUCAAUAAGAGCCAGCUCCUUAAGCUUCGCAGAUUCCUGACUGAGGUGUUGCUUGAUCAGCUCCCAAUCUUAGUGGAACUGCAGCGCUUCCUGGCUCACCUGGCUGUGACGGAUCCAGAACCUCCCAGAAAAGGGCUCAUUUUAGAGCAGAUUCCUGAAAUAUGGAACCACAUAGUGAAUGAAAACUCUGGAAAGUGGAAAGGAAUUGCCAAGUACCAAGUGAAGGAGACGUUCAGCGCAUCGGAGAGUGACCUGAGGCUGCAGGCCAACAGGUUGGCGCAGACGUAUAACUUGGAUGUGAUGGAGAGUUUGAUUCCGGAGAAGCCGAAGUGUGGACUGUGUGGGAGAGAGGCAGCGAAGAGAUGCUCUCAGUGUCAGGCGGAGUGGUACUGCAGCAGAGAAUGUCAGGUGAAUAACUGGGCCAAACACAAGAAGGUUUGCCAGCUGAUGACCAAGACGUCAGAGAAGCUCAGUGACCUGCAGAUUCAGAGCUGAACAAAACUGGACUGUUCCAAACCAAUUUAUUCUCUUUUUUUAUGUGUUUCCUUUUGUCUUUCUUAUUAAAUCUCGUUAAUAUCUAUGCAGUAUUUGCAAGGUGUCUCUAGAACACCUUCCAAAGUUUUUUUUUUUUUUUUCAAACCAUUGAUGAUGGACAUAAGUUCAGUUCUGCCAGUUGCCUGUGGAUGGGGAAUAGAAUUGAAUGGAAUGCAAAAUAAAAAGUAA